AGAAGGAAGAAUUGGACAUGGUAUACACUGCUGAAACAUUUCUAAGCUUUAGGCAACACAUUAUAUUUGCCUUUUUCUUGCGCUUGGCUUUAAUAUUAUAUGGAAAUUAUCACGAUAGGAUUUCACAAGUUCCCUACACUGAUGUUGACUAUAAAGUGUUCACUGAUGCUUCCAGAUAUGUCCUUAACAAUGAGUCUCCAUAUCAGCGGCAUACCUACAGGUAUACACCCAUACUUUCCUGGCUAUUAAUACCAAAUUUGUUAAUUGAUAUAUGCUUUGGUAAAAUUUUGUUUUCAUUAAUUGAUAUUUUUGCUGGCAUUUUAAUUAAGUUUAUUAUUAAACACUGUGUUAUGUCUUAUGGAAGGAAUUUAAAUGACUCCAAGAUUGAAUCAGUAUCAAAUUUUGGAAUGAUAGUUUGGCUUUAUAAUCCUAUUACAAUAGGCAUUGCCACAAGGGGAAACAGCGACUCUAUUGCUGGAUUUCUAGUUCUGUUAACGCUGUAUUUGCUACAAUGUAAGAAAUGGUAUUUUGUGGCAGGCAUAGUUCAUGGUUUAGCAAUACACGUUCGUAUUUAUCCUCUAAUGUAUAGCUUAGCGUUGUUUUUAUUUCUUAGUGAUUAUUCAGAAAAUCCAAAUUCACUUUCAAAGGAAAGUAAAGAAGUACAAAAAACUGAUAGAAGUACCAAAAGAACCAUAUUUAGAAUGGAAUACCUUCUUUAUUUUUUUCCAAAUAUUGACCAAUUAAAGUUGAUGAGUGGCUGUAUUUUAUCUUUGGUGUUAUUAACAAGUUUGUUUUACUUCUUGUAUGGUUAUCAGUUUCUUUAUGAGAGUUAUAUUUAUCAUUUCUUGAGGAAAGACAUGCGUCACAAUUUCUCCUUGUAUUUUUACUUGCAAUAUCUUACAGCUGGUGUUAAAAUCGAUCUCUGGCAAAAGAUGUUGAUAACUUUGCCGCAAUUUAUUCUUAUAGCCGUUUUUUCUUUCAAAUUUGGCUUAAAUAAGCUGUCCUUAAAUUUUGCAAUUCUUAUGAUUACCUGCGUCUUUGUAACAUAUAAUUCAGUCAUAACAUCACAAUAUUUCGUCUGGAUUUUAGCGAUUUUGCCACUUUGUAUUUGGCAAAUUCGUUUGAGCAGAAAUACAUCUUUGCUACUUGGUUUGAUUUGGAUUGGUGCUCAAGCGUUAUGGCUGUUAUCUGCCUAUUUACUUGAAUUUCAGGGUCUUAAUAUGUUUCUUUAUAUAUGGCUCAAUAGUGUUUCAUUUUUCUGUGCAAACAUCGCGUGUAUGGCAAAAGUAAUUGAAGGAUUCACAACUGGAGUGAAAGUUAAAGUGUUAUGAAAAAAGUAUAGUAAUGAUUGUUAAAAAUCGUAGUAAUAUUCAUGUAAUAUAAUAUUAAAUAAUGAAUAUAAGAUAAUAUAGUGUUGAUUUUGUAGUAAGUAGUCAUUGGGUAGAUAUCAAAAAUAAAUAAUAAAACUUUUUUAUUGUA